CUCAGACCAGGGAAGCCUAGAAACUGGUGGCUCCAACACAGCUGGAAAGGGUCUAAUGUGCUUUCCACUGAGGCACGCCAAUCCCUUCAGAGAUCUAAAAGGUAUCAAAAAUUUAAAAAGAGGUUGCACCAGUGGUUCAAACGCUGCAUUGUGGACAAGGGUAUUUGUAGAUCAGUGCACAGCCAGUUUGGGGAACUACCAAGUUAUAUGGCUCGAGCCACCAGGGGGCCCACAGCCGCUUAAUAAGAAACAUCAUUGGCCUUACAUAGGACUAAGCAGACUACUUGGUGCAGACGAUGAUGCGGAUUUCUUGGAACUUGUGUUAGAGGUGACUCCAUAAAUAAGCCACAGUGCUUUCCCAGAGGAGGUCGGGGCCAGUCAGCUAAUGGUUGAGGGUAGGGGCUGCAGUGGAGGUGGUUGAGAUUGCCAGAUUCAGGAGAUAGGGACGCUCAGAGGUAAUGGGAUUUUGGACUGCUUAGGACCCAUGAGUUCUGUGUUGAGGAAGGAAGACAUCCCCCAACCGCUGGUGAGGGGGACAUGAGGCGGGCUAAUAAAUGCAAACAGCCGGGUGUCCGCAGUCUCGGCCUCUGAAACCACGAUUCUCCAAGCUUGAGGAUAGGCGGGCUGGAGGAGGCGUGAACCCCCAGAUCGCCACCCAUUGGUUCCUGCACGCUUGCGGCCCCGCCCCCUCGCUCCUCUCACCUGAAUCCAAACGCUCGGCCGGCUCGAAGACUGGUGCUUGUGAGUCGGCUUUCCUCCCAGGCCGCCGGUCGAACGUCCUUCGGCUCCUAACCGCAAGGUUGUUUGAAUCGGGAACAUCCCCCACUGCUGCGGUGGGAGGCCCUUAUGGAGCAGUAGGAAGACGGACUCCCUGUAUAGCUGCAACAGCCAGGGUUGAACUAGGCUGAGGCUAGGCGCCGGGAACUCCAUCUGGGUCUCCUGCGUGGGUGGCAGUGUCCCAAGCACUUGGGCCAUCAUCUGCUUCCCAGGAAGCUAGAUUGGAAGUGGAGGCAGAACUUCACGCCAGCCCAAGUCUCCAUGGGAGGAAAUACAUAAGAAAGCAGGGGAUAAUCAUCUCCAGCCUUACUGUGGGCGUGACUACAGUCCGUCUCUCGGUGGUCGCUGCUUCUCUGCUUGUACACCUGAAGUCUGCAAUCCUUGAUGUCAACGAAGAAUGAGGCCCCGCUCCCAGAGAGUGGUGGGCUGCCAUCCAGCCAGAGUGACGAGGUAGCUGGCGAAGGCGUGGAGGCCCGGGAUGCGGGGCCCCAGAGGCUCGUCCACUCACAGUCCAAGUCCCUGUCCGCUGCCAACUCGCCUCCCCUGCCCGUGAGGGCGAAGCUGCUUCGCCCUGAGGAUGUGGAGGAGGACACACAGGACAUGGACACCCUGUCCUCCUACGUCUGGUCUGAGCAAGACAGUGAAGAAGUGCUGGAGUCUGCGGAAAAGGCCGAGUCCAAGGAGGACGCCCCCGUAGAGCGACCGUCCUGGGCCAAUAAGAUGGAGUACCUCUUGGCCCAGGUGGGCUUCUCUGUGGGCCUGGGCACCAUCUGGCGCUUUCCUUAUCUGUGUUUCCACAACGGAGGUGGCAGCUUCCUCAUCAUCUACAUCCUCAUGCUGUUCCUGGUCGGGGUGCCUCUGCUCUUCCUGGAGAUGGCAGCCGGCCAGAGGCUGCGUCAGGGCAGCAUCGGUGUGUGGAAGGUCAUCAGCCCCUGGAUCGGUGGUGUGGGCUAUGCCAGCUUCACGGUGUGCGUCAUCGUGGCGUCGUACAACAGUGUGCUCAUGGCCUGGAGCCUCUUCUACCUGAUUCAGUCUUUCCAGUCCCCACUGCCUUGGGCAUUGUGCCCCACAAUGAACUCCAGUGCUCUGGGCCGGUUCACCCCAGAUCCUGAGUGCACGCGGACCUCCUCCACUACUUACUUCUGGUACCGGAAGAUGUUAAAGGCUGCAGAUGAAAUUGAGUUGGGUGGGCUGCCAGUCUUGCAUCUCAGCCUGUCUCUCUUUGCGACCUGGUCAAUUAUCUGCAUCUCCAUGAUCAAAGGGCUCAGAUCAACGGGGAAGAUGCUGUAUGUCUCAGUGCUUCUCCCCUAUAUCAUCCUCUUCUGCCUCCUUAUCCGGAGUCUGCUGCUGGAAGGCGCCUACUUUGGUCUCAAGAGUUUGCUGGCGACCAAGGCAACAGCCCUGUACUCCAUGGAAGUGUGGCGCCGCACAGGGAACCAGCUGUUCUUGUCCACAGGCCCUGGCUUUGGCAGCUUCACCGCGAUCAGCUCAUACAUCCCUCGGUCCAACAACUGUGUCACGGAUGCUUUUGCUGUGGCCCUUCUCAACCUGGCCGCCUCGAUGACUGCCACUCUGGUUGUAUUUGCCAUCAUGGGCCACUUGGCCACAGUGGACACCAAGAAAUGUUACCUGAAGAAUGCUGACACAGUGGUGAAGCUGGUAGCUACUGGGGUCCUGCCUCCCGAGGCCCUGCCCCCAGAUAGCCUGUAUCAGGAUCCCAGCGCCAUCUACGUGAAGUGGAUCCAGGGCCUCCCCACGGAAAUCAAAAAUAAGGUCCUACAACAUUUGACUACUUGCAACUUAACUAGGCAAUUGACUGAGGUUAUGGGGGGGCCCGGCGUGGCCUUCGUGGCGUUCACUGACCUCAUCUCCGUGUUUUCUGGACCCACCUUCUGGUCCAUCAUCAUCUUCCUGAUGCUGGCAAACCUGGGGCUCAGCACCAUGAUAGGGAUCAUGCAGGGCAUCAUCACCCCCCUGCAGGACACCUUCUCUGCCCUCAGGAGGCACACCAACCUGCUCACAGUGGGCGUCUGUCUGUCGAUGUUCCUGGGCAGCCUCAUCUUUGCGAGGCCUUCGGGCAGCUACCUCGUGAACCUGCUGGAUGACUACUGGGCCUCUCUGCCCCUCUUCUUCAUUGUCAUCGUGGAGAACGUGGCCAUGGCCUGGAUCUAUGGGGCCAGGAGGUUCCUUGCAGACGUGAUCAUCAUGCUGGGCCACGCCCUCUCCCCCGUGUACCGCUGGCUGUGGUCCUGCCUGUCCCCAGUGGUGCUGCUGAUUCUGUUUGUGACCACGCUGAUCCACCUUUGUGUGAGAAGCAUCACCUACGUGGCCUGGGACUCGAGCACUUCGGACGAGGUGAUCCGGGUCUACCCACGGUGGGCCAACGUGCUGCUCGUGGUUCUCAUCAUCACCACCAUCUUGCCCAUCCCUGCCUACUUCUUGUACAUCCUCAUGAAGGUGGCUUUCCCGGUCCCCAGGACCCAAAGUGGCAGUACCAUCAUCUUCAAGCCUGAAACCAGAGAGUCCUCACAGAAACCUGGCUCACGGCUUAAGGAGAGGCAGAUCUCAAAGGCUAAAAAAAUGGAUAAAUAACCAGCCAAAAACACCCAGUUUCCUGCCAUGUGAGUAGCUCCUCUUGACAAUAAAGACUCGGUUCAGUUGGCACAACCUCGGCUCUUUCUCAAAGCAGAGCUCUCUGGCUGGCGUCUCGCCACUGGAAGAGGGAACGACAGCUGCUGGUGCAACUGAACCUAAAACCUUCUGCUCUCCUAGGCCGGAGUGCUUUGUAUUUUUUUACAUUGGGGACUACCAGGAAGGUCCUCCUCCUCAGACCCAUAAUAAUGGUGCUGUCUGGCUCCCAGUAUCCGGCUGAUGGCAAUCCCACUCUCCUAGGCUUCCUUCCCCCAGACGGGUCUGUGCUCCGUCUGGUCCCUCUGACACCAGCACAGAAGUGGUGGUGGCAAAUAAACCAGGUUGGUGUAACCUGACUUUUGUCAUUAAAAAAAAAGUGUCCGACUCCCAGUUUAGCCUUCACUGGUUCUAUUAAAUGUAAGUGCUGGAAUCUGGGGUUCCUGGGCCCGCUGCUUCCUGGGAGUGGACUGAGCCAGGGGGAGGGGAUUCCCCAAAGCCAGCAGAUGCAGGGCCGGCGCUGUGCUGCGGUGCUGGCAUCCCGUAUGUGCUCAGUUCGUGUUCCGGCUGCUCCUCUUCCCAGCCAGCUCUCUGCAAUAGGACAUGCCCAAGUCCCUGGGCCCUGCACCCGCGUGGGAGACCUGGAAGCUCCUGGCUCCUGGCUUCAGAUUGGCUCAGCUCCAGCCAUUGCAGCCAUUUGAAGACCUUUC